UAGUAAAUACCGGUGCUGAACAAGCGGUCUGAGUUGCGAUUGGCUCCUACGCACGUUCCCGGAACUCAGUGGUCGUCCCGCGAGGGCUGAAGGGAGAGUGGCAGUCGGCUGUGUGAACCCGGAGGGUCGGUAUGCCUCGGUACGCGCAGCUCGUCAUGGGCCCCGCGGGGAGCGGGAAGAGCACCUACUGCUCCACCAUGGUUCAGCACUGUGAAGCCCUCAACCGAUCUGUCCAGGUGGUCAACCUGGACCCGGCUGCAGAGCACUUCAGCUACCCUGUCAUGGCUGACAUCCGGGAACUGAUCGAGGUAGAUGAUGUGAUGGAGGACGACUCUCUGCGGUUUGGUCCCAACGGAGGAUUGGUGUUCUGCAUGGAGUACUUUGCCAAUAACUUUGACUGGCUGGAGAACUGUCUGGGCCACGUUGAGGACGAUUAUAUCCUUUUUGACUGUCCAGGUCAGAUUGAGCUCUACACCCACCUACCUGUGAUGAAGCAGCUGGUCCAGCAGCUUGAACAGUGGGAGUUCCGAGUGUGCGGAGUGUUCCUUGUUGAUUCUCAGUUCAUGGUGGAGUCAUUCAAGUUUAUUUCUGGCAUCCUGGCAGCCUUGAGUGCUAUGAUUUCUCUAGAGAUCCCACAGGUUAACAUCAUGACGAAGAUGGAUCUGCUGAGUAAGAGAGCAGACUGUGAAAUACUUAUUCCAGAAAAACUCUUAAACAGGCUAGUUUCCCCAGGGGUCAGAAUGUUGGCAGUACCUGUUUAG